CUUCAGCUUCUACUCUCCUCCUCCCUCCCAAUUCCCUCCUCUUGAAAUCUCUUGAGCCGUUCUCCUUUCUCGGUAUUGCUUCCAGUUCCAUUUUUCGUCAAAGUUUCGGCUUCUAGGUAUAGCGCGCGAGAGAGUAUUUUCGGUUGCCUUUUGCAAUCUUGUUUCCUAGGCUAAUAUAGUACUGAAAGGGGAUUAGUUGUGGGGGUUUUGGGACACUGCAACCCAUAAGAGAAACCUCGAAUUCUCUUAAAGACGAUGAUUUUGUUGUACAACGGGUGCACCUUGUGGAAGUUGUACUCGACCGUCAACAACAAAUCGAUUGUCGACAAGAGCUACUACUUUUGGAUCUUUCAGAUUUUUAAUAAUUACAGCCUCGGCACCUAACUAAAGACGUCCCCCGUAUUUGUCUCCCUGGCCCUUCUCCUGGUCUUCUCCCCUGUUUUCUUCCCAACCUUCAUUUUGUAUCUCUCGAGCCUCUAGUGUUCAGGAUUAAUUAAGACAAUGGGAGGGGCUUCGCUGCCACCGGGUUUCCGUUUCCACCCUACGGAUGAGGAGUUGAUCGGUUACUACUUGAAAAGGAAAGUUGAAGGGCUUGAAUUUGAGCUCCAAGUGAUUCCUAUAAUUGACUUGUACAAGUUCGACCCGUGGGAGCUUCCAGAGAAGUCCUUCCUCCCAAAACGGGACAUGGAAUGGUUCUUCUUCUGUCCACGGGACAAGAAGUACCCAAAUGGCUCUAGGACGAACAGAGCCACAAAAUCGGGUUACUGGAAAGCCACUGGAAAAGACCGGAAGAUUUCCUGCCAGUCCUCCAUCACGGGUUAUCGUAAGACUCUAGUAUUCUAUCGUGGGCGUGCUCCUUUAGGAGAUCGGAUGGACUGGGUCAUGCAUGAGUAUCGCCUCUCUGAUGAUCUCUCAGGACCAUCGAAUCCUCAGGGAGCAUACGCUUUGUGCCGUGUUAUUAAGAAGAACGAGAGUAACGCGCAGAAGAGAACUGAAACUGAACCCAAAGGAAAACAAGGAGGAACCAGUUCGAGCAACGUUGACCACAUCACCUCGAUGGAGAUCUUGAAUGAGCAUUCGAGCUUCUCGGGCUGUCUUUCCUCUCAAAUGGGCUCCAUUUAUGAUGAGAGUCGAUAUCCAAGCCCGACUCUUCCAUUUGGAAACACUACACCAAUGGACGAGUGUGAGCCUGCCUCGGUUGAGAACAACUUCUCAAGCCUCUGGGUCUCCCCUGAUCUGAUUCUUGAUUCCUCAAAGGGAUAUACAUCUCAAGGACAAGACUCAGUGCCUCAGUAUUUUCCUCCACAGCACGAGCUCCCAAUCUCGUCAAGUUCAUCAUUCUCGAAUUUUACAGGGGAAGUUGAAUUUGCUGAUGAUUUCGGGACUAUGGGGUGCAUGUCACCACCUUAUGCGGCACCAGGGAGCUAUACGGGCUAUUACGGCGAUGAGUACUUCCCUUAUGAAGGUUAUGACAAUGCGAGCUCGACAAUGUAUCAAAACCCAUUUUGAUUGAGAAAGGCCAAACUGCCACCGAAUUGAGAUCACAACGUAAUUCUACUCCGAGUAUUAUCGUACAACUCGUCUCCAAGACAACGGGUUUUUAAUGUUGCUUCUUGGAGAGAUAAGGAAUGGUCGCGUCUGGGUCUAUGAGCUGGGUCUUGGUGAUGAGAGUCACAGUUUCUGCUUACUUCUUGGAGUUGGGGUCAGUAUACUGAAUGUAAGUCUUCCCGGUGAAGAUCACUUUUAUCGAUUUUUACCGGGAUUUUCACUUAUUAUGAACUUUCUUUACAUUUAAGUUGCAAUGAUAUGAAUUACCUGUAACUUUGAAAGCUUUUAUCAUUAAAGCACAGAUCGCUUUUCAUUCGGAUGAUAUAAAUAGCAAGUUUGUCA